AUGACAGAUAACAACCAAGGCUGCAAGAUUACCCUAUACUGGCUCGAACAAUCUCGAAGCCACCGCAUCCUCUGGCUGCUGGAGGAACUCAAACUCAAGUAUGAACUGAAGACUUUCAAACGCCGCGCCGACAAGCUCGCCCCAGCCGAGCUGAAGAAGGUCCACCCCCUCGGCAAGUCGCCCGUUAUCACAAUCGAAGCCCCCGGAUCCACGUCCCCCAUGGUCCUCGCCGAGUCGGGUGCAAUCGUCGAUUACCUCUGCGACCACUUCGGAAAGGCCAACCCAUCUCUGGUCCCGGAGCGCUACGUUGCUGGCAAGGAGGGACAAGUCGGUGGUGAGACUGAGGAGUUCAUGCGAUACCGCUAUUUCAUGCACUACGUCGAAGGAAGUUUGAUGCCUUACUUGGUUAUGAGUCUUGUGAACGAUACUAUCCGCAACUCCCCUCCGUUCUUCAUUCGCCCCAUUACCGGUCUCGUCGCUUCGCAGGUUGAAUCUUCAUUCCUUAACCGGAAUAUCGAGGGCAACCUUGCUUUCCUUGAGGAUCAGCUUAAGACCGCACCCGGAGGUGGUCCAUGGAUUUGUGGAAAGGACCUGACCGCUGCUGAUAUCCUGCUGAGUUUCCCGGCUAUUGCUGCUAGUGGACGUGUGCUAAAGGAUCCAAAGACACGUGAGAAGUAUCCUCUGCUCGCUUCUUAUGCUGAGCGGUUGCAGGAGGUUGAGGGUUACAAGACGGCUGUGCAGAAGAUUGAGCAGGCUGAGGGCUAUUUCUCGGCUUCUAUGUGA